AUGGAAGGUCAACUCAGUUUUUAUGCUCGAGCAGCAUUGAUGGGUUACAAACACGAUUGCGAAGUGCAGGAAUUUUACCAAUCAUAUCUCGCCAAGAAAGAUACGAUCCUGAGCAAGUAUUUCGAAAAAGCUCAAACUUUGCCGAAAAAUAUUCCUUGUGGAGAGACUCGAUUUAUGAUUCAGGAGCUUCCGGAAGAGAUACUCAUUAUCUUUCCGGGGACAAGACAGGAACUGCUGGGUUUUUGUGUCGAUGCUCAUGCUGAUUUUGAUAUUCCACUCAAAGAGACGACUUUUCUCGGAGAAACCUUCAAAACCCAUCGAGGCUUUUUACGGCGAUACUUGAGCUACCGACGGCGGCUUCUAGAAAUCGUCAGCGAGUUCGGAAAAGACAAGCGCUUCGUUGUUGUUGGACACAGUCUUGGCGCGGCAGUGGCGACCUUCGCCAGUCUGGAGUUGAAAAACAAGGGAUACGAUGUGUUCUGUGUGACUCUCGCGGGGCCCAAGAUUGGCGAUGCCAGCUUUAAUUCUCUUGCGGAGAGGAUUAACCCGCCAACAGUCAGAAUAAACAGGAUUAAUGAUCCAAUGCCAAAGCUUUCUGCGCAUGGACCGUUCCGAGUCGAGGCAUAUGGCGAAGAAAUAAUUAUCGAUGAGCCAAAUGCAGUUUGGACCGGUUACGCUAUUUGGGUCGCCGCCUGCUCGUUUGUCUUCAAAUCUGGAUUGUUGAUGUUUUUCAUGACGAUCUUUGGAAUGGGCGUGAGUCUAACUCUCACGCACUCGAUGAAAGGAUACAUAAACAUUCUCGACCAAUUGGAGAACCAAAAUAGAAAACUAAUCAAAGAAACUGCCAAAAACUACCCGGAACGAAAUAUCAAAUGCAUCUUCCAAUGGCUCCCAAUGUCGAUAAUCACCGCUAUCGGCUACGUUUGGUACUACACGAGUCACAGUAUUCGCCGAACGAGGAAGUACUUGAGGAAAACUCUUCCAAGACAACUCGCUGAGAAGAUUUUGGAAGACUCGGGCGCCAAACACAAGAUUUCAGUAAAAAAUGAAAAACAAAUUUAA